CGAGAGUUUGGUCGUGGUCGCGACGGCGCAAGGGGCCACAACCGCCGUAAACAUGUCACCGCGCGGUGCAUCUCCGCCUACCUGUUCGCUAUCGUCCCAAACCACCAGGGAGCGAAACGUGUUUCGCCUGCGUCGAAGGAAACCCGGAAACGAGGAGCACUCUGCGUGAGAAACUGCGUUAUUUUUUUUUCGGGAGUGUCGUCCCGUUCUUCGUUCCGGAGGUGUUUGUGUUUCUUUUCUUCUUUUCCUUCGCGUCGCUACGGUCUUUGUGAACUUCGUCCGACCUCGGAUUAAGUCUGCAGACGGGGUGAUUUUUUUUUUUUUUUCGCCGCGUAAGUGUCGUGUGGCGCGUGUGGGAACGACAACUUCUGUGGUUUCGGAGUUGAUGAGAUCGUCGCUGAGGCAGCUCAUCUGGAUUUGCAGCAAACUGUGAGCGAAGUCUGCGAAACAAAACGAGCGACGCCUUCACACCUUUUGGAGCGUUGGAACGCUGUGAAAUAUUAAACGACGGGAACGCUCGCUUACAACUUCGUCAAAAACUCGUUAGAGAGGACGCCACCCGUCAGCGAAGAAAGGAUUAAGUGAUUCUUUUCAGCCCUCCAGAAUAAGAUACCUGUUUUUCGCCAGUGUCAGCCCAUACACCAGGCCCUGUGACAAAGCAAGCUUCGACUUAAAUCGCGGUGAAAGUUGGGAAGCGGCGUUUCACUGUGAAAACUUUCUGCGCGAAGUUUCGGGUCUUCCCAUCGGAGUUGUGCUUCAGUGAUGGCAGCGAUUUCUCUUUUUCCUGCCGACUCUGCGAGCCUUCUUGCUCUGACGUAACGUCAACUUCUUCCUUCCUGUGACAGGAAGUAAACUUUUGGUGACGGAAACAGCCAUUGGAACUUCCUUUGAGCGCUUUUACCAACGGCUCUCCUCAUUCUGUGAGACGCACCCGUUAAGCGCAGUGUUGAAAGCGCAGUUUUCUUUCCCCCUUGAUUAGGCGGUGACACAUCGUAUCCACCUUGCUGUUAUUGGUAUCGCGUUAGUUCCGGAAUUCGCGUUGCGCGAAAUUGUGCACUAUGAGCGGCGCUUCUUGCUGCGUUCAUUCUCGGAAAGUGUUCGUUCAGCGGUAACUGACUAACAGCGGAAGAAAAGAAAUUCUUACGACGUAGUGAGUGUGUGUUUACGUUAACUGCGUUUCGGCCAGGUUGUCAAAACGAUCCGGUUGUACCAGUGUUCGUAGAUUUGUCGAUAUCAGCUAUAGCAGUGCGUGACCAUUUCCGCUCGAGCUACUAGAUUCCUAGACAGAAUAAGUGCCACACGGGUUGUGUCUUGUGUAGACAGGCUCUGUGCGUUAAAACCGCGAAGACUGGAAGUUCAGGAAUACCUUUCUAUCGUUGGCAACCAGUCGCUUGGAUAGUCCCGGCGCAGCUCUCACUUCUCGCCGCAAAGUACAAAACAAGAUAACUAGGCCCGUCGUUGUUGCCGCUUCUGUGUCGUAGUUUCGUACUGAGGCUGUGUCACCUUCGUUGAAGUGUGUUGUGUAUCCUCUGGGGAAAAUACAAAAUAUCGCGUCUGCUUUCUUCCACGUCGUCUGCUCAACAACCCAAGCUGUUGUCUCCGCGUUUCUGGAUUGUUGAGUGACGGCUGUUUGUGUGAACUGAUCCCGGAUAAAUCCGUUCGCGAGAUUUUUUUUUUUUUUUUGAGAACACACAGCAGGUGACAUCUUAGUGCGGUUUUUCCCGAGUCUUACCGCAGCUUCAGGUUGCGUCAGAUUGCGUCAUCUGGCACAUGUGAAUCGGAAAGCAAUCUCUUCGAAGCGUUACGUUCACUGGCGAACUGUCUUCGCUUCGUGAAUACCGCUGCGUACGCACUGAGUUCGACAGCGAAGCUCCGGCCUUCAGGUGGUUCUCAUAAAACGAGCAACUUUGGAAGACUCAUUCGUUUUCUUCAAAGCUUCGCUGAUAAGCUUCAUUAUCGCUCCAUAGGCAACGUUUUUUUUUUUUUUCUGGCGUUUGUAUCCCCUGGUUGCUCUCGGCUUUUGCGGCUCGCCUCGCCUCGCUUCCUUUGCAGAAACGUUGGCCUAAAGAAACAUUUCGGCUACUGAUCCCGCCGAAUCUCGCUAACGGCGAGACAUCGCGCCACUUUUCGCGCUCUCCGUGUCGAACCUCGAUGCGCUCGAACGAACAAGUCUACGAAAAUUCGCGUUGACGUUAAGCUGGUGAAGCCGUCCUCGACUCUUAAGAGCUCCUAAGAGGACGGAAAAUAAAGUUACCGGUCGCACCUUGAAGCGAUUGUUCCUUAGCGUACUCGUUUUUUCGUUCUACUGCACGCUUUUCGCGCACCGUCACUUUAACCUCUUUUCUCCUUUUGUUUACAUCUCCGCGGAUUAGCCUUUUCAAGAUCAGCUUGGAGACUUUGAAAGGUUGUCUCGCGAGUUCGUCGGUGACCUUCACCCGUCACUGUUGAGACAAAACGAAAGCGGCUUACGCGCCACUUUGAGCUUUGGUCUCCGGGACUUUUAAGCGGACCGGUGUCUCUAAGUGCGUCGUGGAAACAUUGUUUGUUUGCCUCCUACCCGUAAAGGCACAGGAUCUCUUAACAAAAAAAAAAUCGUAUUUUCACUUCGAGCUUGAGCUCUCCGCGAUCGGCCACCUUGAACUCCAAGUCGGCUCAAGUUUUGUCUCGAAAGAGCGCCUAGUUGUUGACUUUAGAGAAUCCGAUCUCUCUUUUAGUGCACUAAACGGCACGGUCGUUUCAGCCACCUGAUCAAAGUAACUGCCGCCAAAGAAAGAAAGAAAAAAAAUACGCACACAGCAAAUAAGUUUAAAAUCGUUAAACGAACAAAUAAUACUUAUUUUUUAGACUUUUAUACCCGCGCGGCCCACUCACGAGAAAGAGGAAAAAGUUCUUUCGGCGCGUUCUAGAAAUAGCCGCUUGAACGCUGGGACGGAUAAGCGUGCGAAAGCGCUCAGCUGCAUUUAGAUAGAAACUGUUUUCGCAAUAUUGGGCACGGAGUAGUUGAAAGGCCACGUGUUAUUUUUGUACACGAUAAGAUCGGAAAAACGCGGUUUCUCGUCUCGAAGAAGGUGGCAACGUACUUACUCGGGUUGAUCAGUUCAAGCGGAGACGAAUUGGCGUCGCGUGAGCUGAAGUGACAGGGUCAGUGACUAGAACAGUUAGUCGUGCAGUACUGGCAAACACUCUCCCCUAAUAGUGUUGCGUUGUCUGAGCACAGGUGUUUGGACACAGCCGGUGUUACCAUUCCGAAGUCCUUUUUUUUUUUCACUCUCCGUCUGGCUUCCUUGUAAAGCCAACGAAGUACCGUCUGCGUCUUGUCUUGGCUUCGUUCAUUGACCUCCCUCGGCAUUUUUUUCUGGGAUAUUUGACUUGGCCGAAGCGGACGAGAAGAGACUUGCGUCCGUGAACUAGACGCCCGUAACGAAAACUUCUUGAAGACUUUGUCCUUGAACUCGGCCAUAAACUCUACGCCGUAGGCCCGCAGUCAUCUGGACCUCGUAUUGCGGCUUGUGGAUUUGCUGCUUGGCCGGCGUUCGUCGGUUUGUGAGUGUGUGCGCGAGUGUUUUGUGCGCUAAGGAGUCUUGACCUUCGAACCCGUGUAAAACACUCCGAAGAGGUGAUAAAGAAGCGGCGAAGGAAGUCAAAAUGGUGUUAAAAACAGCCACUGCCGCGCCUGCGGCGACGCAGGGCAAAGGUGCUGCCGCCGCUGCAGCCGUUCAGGACGCUGCCAAUGGCGGCGGUGAAUUAACUGUUCAAAUGCUGCAGCAGAAAAUCGACGAUGGAACGACUGAGUCGUUGGAGAGGACACGGAAUAUGAUAGCACUAUGCGAAGAGGCGCAGGACGCUGGCGUCAAAACUAUCGUGGAACUUGACAAGCAAGGGGAGCAACUGGACCGCAUCGAAGAAGACAUGGACAAAAUCAACGCCGACAUGAAAGAGGCCGAGAAGAACCUCACAGGAAUGGAGAAGUGCUGUGGCAUAUGCGUCUGUCCUUGCCAGAAGGUGUUGGUUAGGGCUGAGGAAGUGGCCAUGACACUCACGGGCAAGGAGUUCAAGGAGGACGCCAGCACGUGGAAGGCCAACGAGGACGGGAAGGUGGUGAAUAGUCAGCCUGCCAGGGUUAUGGACGACCGCAACGGAGCCGGUCCAACCAGCGGAUACAUCGCCAGAAUCACAAACGACGACCGUGAGAACGAGAUGGAGGACAACAUGGUGCAAGUGUCCACCAUGAUCGGGAACCUGCGCAAUAUGGCAAUCGACAUGGGCAGCGAGAUUGAGUCGCAAAAUCGGCAGAUCGACAGGAUCAACCAGAAGGGAACUUCCAACGUGGUUCGCGUCAAAGGCGCGCAAGAGAGGGCUGCCAAGCUCAUGAAGAGUUGAGCGGCGCAUUCUUCGGCUACUCACGAUUUUCUGCCCCUGACUUCCUCCGCACCCUAUACACACACACACACACUCACUUGUCGCACGCACGGUUUUUAUUAUCUUUUAAAACAUAUUCACACAGUCCCUACUGAAGCGUUCCGUAUACCGUUACAAUGAUACCAUACGCUUUCGUAAAAUUCUUACGGAUAACUUAUGGACUCUAUAUGGAUGUACUCUGUAUGGAUAUGGAAAUAUAUGGAAUUGUUGGAAUGCCAAUCAGAACGUAUCAGUAGGGAACACACAAAACACUCACAGCGGAUACCCUCACCCUUCACCCUCUCUUCCUGGGAGGAGGGCUGCGAUUGACAGAUGAUCGCGAAGAUGGUCCUGGGUUCGACGCACCUGGCCUUCCUACCUGCAGACUCUGGGGAUAGACUGGAGGAAAAGAAAAAAAAAAGAAGAAAUUUCUGGCGGAACGUCUUCAAAACGACGAUUGUUCGUCAUUUCAGUUUUUCUUUUUUUUAUAUUUGCUUCGGAUUGUACAGAUUGUGUUUUUUUUUCUUUAUCGCUGUGUGUCGUCACCAGCACAUGAUACGCACCAGCGAUCUACACACACACACUCUUGACGAGUGUUUUUACACCUGCUUGUUUAUGAGCACUGCAUCUUUUCUCUAUUGUUUUCUUUUUCUUUGUUUUUUUUUUUCUUUUUCAGCUCGGAGGUGUCAGUCUUUUUUUGUGUGUGUGUGUGUGUGGCACUGAUUAUUAUGUGAUAUGGUUUGCAGUGGCCUCAGUCCAGUCCUCCCCUUCUAUUCGCAGGAAGACGCCUAAUUGUGCGAACUUGCAGAUCAAUUCAGAUUGAGAUUGUUUUUAGAGUUUUCAUCAAGUUUAUUACUAAAUAUUUUUCUCUUUUGCGUGAUAACUAUUUUAACGAUCGGGAGUUCGUUGAUUCUGCUAAUACCCUCGUGGGAAAUAAUCAGAACGGGCAGACUAGACCGCCACGUUGAGGAACAUUGUAUGCCUGCUCUAACUUCAAAAUUGCUCUAACUACCUAAAAUACGGAACAUAAUGUUUAACAGAUCACGUUUAUCUGGCUUUAAUGUGGGAAGGGGCAUGGAUGUGUGCUUUCGAAGAAUUCGACGCGACACGUUGUCAAUUUUCAGAGUUAAUUUUCAGAUUUAAAUUUUCGUGAAGAAGUCACGUUCCAAAAGGCUAAGCUAUCUCACAUGGCUGCGCUGAGACAAGUUUUUUUCUGUACCUUAAGCUGACUCGUUAAAGCAUUGAUUUUAAGAAAAACACCAGAAUCGGUGUUUUUAGGGUGUUGCGAAAAUGUGUUUACCCACCGCCGUUGUCUUCGUCUCGAAGGCAAAUAAUUAGCGGGCGUGUCGGCUUUUCUUUUUUGUUUUUGUUUUCUUUUAUUCAUCUAACUGUAGCGUUCGAAGAUUUUUUUUUUUUUUGCUGUGAUUUAAUGAAACUUGGAUUUUGCUGUCUUUUUCACGUUUUAUUUUUUUUGCUAGCACUUCCGCGUUUGUGUGUUUGGUCACUAUUGUAAAACACCACCCGUAAAGCUACUACCGCUGUUCACUGGUGAAACCUGUGUGUUGUGAAGCGAAUGUUGCUGUUUUUUUAUUAUUAUUAUCAUUAUUAUUAUUACGGCUUGUCGCUCGUUUUGUCUUUCGCACCUCUAUUUUUCACUGCGUUAUUUUUUCUUGUUUCGUUCGUUUGGGCACCACGCAAAUUGCUUUCUAUGCACUCGUCACGUUGGAACACCACUCGCAAAGCGAUCCCACCAAAAUGACACCCAUAGCCGUCCAUUUCAUCAUUGUCAUGUCUAUGACCCUAACUUUAAAACUCCUUGCUUUCUUUUUAAACUAACCUGCUUGUACAGUGCCCUAGUUUCCUGCCAAAUGGCCUUCCAGCGACUUUAAGAGUGCAGCUUUUAACUAAGUUUAAAAGCGUUUUUUCUUGUAGCCUUUCUUUCUAUUGUACUCCUCCCUUUUAGCAUCUGGGCAUCUCCUUUUAAAAAAACUUUGUCAUCUUAUGAGUGCGCGAUUGAUUGCUCUCAGGAGCGAGCAGCAUCUUCAUCCUCUUCAAAGGCCUGUCAAAUUCGGGCUUCUAAAAAUGUUUAUUAUUAUUCAUUCGUCGUCCCGAACAUUACUUUUCUCCGAUAGCCUGCUUCUUGCGUCUUAGCUCGAAUGAAAAAAAAAAAAAGAACUAAUAAUAAAACUAGAACUGCGGUGAAGGAGUGGGGGUUUUUAUUUAGUUAUAAUUCCCUUUCGGAUCGUUUUGAAAACCUCCUAAUGUGGAUAUUAUAGACUAGCGUGCGACGGGAGCGUCGCAGCACUCGGUACGGCGUCGUGUUUUUUGCUUUUUGUUUUUAAUUUUCUUGAGGGUGACUUCUUUACAAAGCCCAUGAUUAAUAACUCUCCCAUUGGGACGAGUAGAUUAAAGUCAUAUUUCUCGUCUUCGUUUUCUUUCUUGCUCGCGCGUUCUCAGACUUCCUUAUUAUUAUAAACAUUAUUCGCCCAAUGUGUUUAUGAAAAGAAAAAAAAAAGAGAUGCGAGAGAAUGUCAAGGUCGGGCUGCUGCUUCGUACGGAAAUUUCAACUUCCUUUUUUUUUCUUUUUAGUGUUUUGCUCCCGUCUUUCUGUACGACGAAGCACUCAAGAAAAUUGACCCUAAAUUCUGCGCUGAUCUUUUCCAGAAGGUCCCACGACUUUAGCGCCUACACUUUUUUUUUCCGACAUUCUAAUAUAUUUUUUUCGUACGCCUCGGCUUUCUGGGGCUGCUUGCGAGGAACGUCCUUUUUCUUUUGGAUUGGCUUGGAUCUGAACGCGACGUGACCGCACGUACUCUGAGCAUCUUCGGCAAGUUGGAGCGCCUUCCUUUUUUACUAUAAUGCCAAAGGGCGUCAUUUUGGUUUGAACGAACUCGAAGAUAUAUCAAAAAGAGCCAAGUGUAGACAAAAUCGAGUUGGCGCAAAUUCAAGUAUUAUUUGUUUUAUGUACACCACCGACGUAGUCGCGACGGCGCCUAUUUAUGGUUUGUAUCGGUUUAAAGGUUUGCAAACACCGGACGCCUAGCAGCAAUUCGUAUUCGUUUCAGCUUCUUCUUUCGCAGCUCCUUUGUAAACUUCACGUUUUGAAACAAGCGCUCGGGUUUUCCUCGAAUUUUACACGUUAUACCCUCUUGCGAAACCAAUGUGUAUCCAGGUCUUUUUUGGCGCGUCUCCUGCCUUCCUUCGUUAAGUUUCUUUUUUCAGUGGCUGAGAACAUUUUUUUUUUGUCUUUUCCACGACGCCGUAAGAUCGAUUUUGGUAGUGCUCGGUGGCUUUGAGGAACGUUUUUCUUUACCCCCGUUUUGCACCCCGAUAUUCUUGUCGCAUCAGCUUUUGCGCUGACUUUAUCUUAGGAAGGCUAUCUGGACUGAGGCGAAGAAAAAGGCGAAGGCGAGCACAACACGGUGGCUCCUGAAACAAUAGCACUAAACGUUUAUUUUCUUAUCUUUCCUAUAGGAGAAAAAAAGGAAAACCUUUCCUUCCGAGCUUGCUGUAAUUCGUGACUUUUGUUCGUCGUGUCUUUGUACUUAAUGGUCGUGAAUAGCGUAGUUUUUCUGAAGAAGUUGUCGUCGUGUAUAGAAACGGGCUUCGCCAACACUACUGCUAUCUUUCUCGUACCUCAACCUGGCGUUUGCAGAAAAGUCACCUACAUUGAAUUGUUAGCUAUCUUUUCCUUUUCUCUUACUUUUUUUUGGAUUUCAUAGUACAGGGCGAGCUCUAAAAUUUUGUUUCCUGCAUCUUGACCUUCAUUUCUUUGGGAAAAGCAAGCUUAGCCUCCACAAAUGCAGACGCUUGUGCAUCAUUUGGUGUUCCGUGUCCUUGUGUGUCCUGACCUCCUGAGCGUAAGCAUCUUGGCUCGUGAAUCGUGAAUCGCAGACCUUAUAAGGUUGCGCAGUGAAGUAAACUGUUCGGUAGAUCCCGAGUUCCUGCCUCUUGUGGACUUCAAUUUUUCGGCUAUUCGGGUCUCUCGUAUGUUCUCAAUUAGAGAUCGUUGUACCCUGCUUCGUCUUACAGUGGGUACAAAGCUCUGUGACUAAGUUCCCAUUGGUCGGAUGAGCUCUUGAGCGAUUUGUCUUGAAGCGGCAAGGUUGGUUACAGCGCUGCGUUUGUUUGCGCGGCGUUGGUUUGUGGGCGGCGUUGGAUACCGGUUAGUUCGGGUUUCGCUCGUUCGAAAUGUGCAGGGUUGUCAGCUUAGGCUGUGGCUUUUCGCAGAACUGUUAAGAAACCCGAUUCUGUGUCCGGAAAGGUUUUCCGGAAAUGUUACUAGUGAUGAAUAUUGCCUAGCUAUAGAAUUGAAGCCGUGGGCGACUUUGUAGCAAAAGAAAAAAAAAACUUAAAAAAAUGUUCCGAUAUAUGGACGGAGGAACUAUGUGUCUCCUUGCGUAUUCUGCGCGCUGUGCUGAUUGCAUGAAUAUUUUCUCUGGGAUCUUCGGCUUCUGUGUAGGUGACUUUUGUGUGGCGUAAAGGUUUUUUUUUUUGUUCGCUUACAUUUUUGGCGCUCUUUCUUUUUUUCUUCAUUUUCUCUUCAACUUCUAAGGCAUGUUUCCGAGUUUCCUAACUCUACGUUAGUAAUAACCGCGUCAUUUUUUUUUAUUUCUUUUUAUUUUUGCAGCACACUGCUGAGCUUUUCCUUAAGUGCGGCGUGAUGAUUUCGACGAGAUGCGAGCAGAGCACGGCUGUGAUACCCAAAACCCGUGACACGUGACCUUUAUCGGCAGGAGUAACGCACAGAGUCGCUUAGUACUGCAGUAACUGCGUUGCACUGAACUGAGCAUGUAUCUAAAAAGAAAACAGAAGCGAGAUAUUUGGCUAAUUAUGCCUGAUGGCAAGACGUUCUCAAAAGGCGUUCAAUUGAAGCGAGCGCUCUCAGAUAUAAAAAAAAAACAAUAUGAUUCUACGUCAUAUCUCUUGCCUUCGCAUUCGGUUUUUACGAGCAUCAAAUUUCAAGUCUGUUUUGUUCUGGUAAAUUUUCACGCAGCCAUGGCAAACGCCAGGCAUUUCCGAGCCAUGUUAAAUGCGUUCGAUCACGUAUCACAACCGUGUUCUUUUCGCUUUUCGUUCCGUUUUAACGGACUUGGCUGUGUCGCUGGCGUGCCUCACCGCGUAAGCACAUUAGCAAGCUAAUCUGUCUCUAAUAACUUUUUGCUUUCGUGGUGAGGGCAAAUGUGGUCGUUUGCUCGCUAUUCCAUUUCUGCGCCCACUAGCUGACAGCGUUACUGCGCCUGAAGUCUGUUUGUACUCCUCCACAGUAUAUAGACUAUAUAGUAGAUCGUCUUUUGGCAAAAACCUCUUCGCCAGCCGGGCUGUGGCCUGUAAUUGUCACGCGAGGUGGUGGUGGGCCCUGUAAAUUCACCGAGUAUAACGCCGUACGUAGUUCGUAGACACGACUAUGUAGUCACUAGCGAUGCAUUCCCGUACCUUGUUCGAAAGGCGCGCGUUGUUUUUUUGUCGUGCCAGUGUUUGUUGUGAAACCAGCGUGGUGUGGUCACGCGUGAUCAGAGUGUGACUAUAGAAACGGCUUCUGUGGCUGUGUUCCCGUGUGUGGUGGAGUUGUACCCGGCCCACGAGAUUUUCAGGGUUAGCUCGCAGUGACUUGCUUAUGACAGGACGCGGAGCUCGCUUGUUUCGCAAGAUGUUUGGUCGCGCAUCGCAUUAAGUUAGAGGCAGCGUUUGCGCAUAGCAUUGUUCCUGAGGCCAUAAGUAUGGCUACGUAGAAAUCUGAAAGGUUUCGAACUAAGUAGCACUUUGCAUGGUUAGGUAUGUUUGGAUAAGUUUUCAUGUGUCUGCAACGGUAGCUGUACUAGAACGAUUUGCCGGCAGAACUACAAGUAGAGGUUUGUGGAGAACAUAGUUUCAGAAAAUUCGCCAGGCUAGUUGAACAUUGCGGUAUGUAUCGCGUGUGUUUAACUGCGUUACCCAAACGCUUACUUUAAGCACUGCGAGUUUUGUAAGCGCUAGCACUCACAAGCUCUUCAGAAUUCCUCGAAGGCAAGGUAGAUUAACCAUGACUCCUCAGUUGCAACAUACAUGUAGCUAGCUUAUUGUGAGCUACAGGUAUGUUGUAAUUGAGGAGUCGUGGUUAAUCCUGACGCGAUAACUUGCAGAGUCGACAUGGGCCGCAUGAUACAUUUGAAACACCGACGACAGGUUGCCGUGUCGCACCUAAGGUCCUAGGCUGCACAUAUGUGAUGCGAAGUAGACUAUUUUUGUACUCUUAAGCGGUCUAGUUUGUCCCAUUGCUAACAGCUCAAAAAUUAAGGCCUGUGAGAUCGCGUUGUUGGCCAGAAUAAAGUAAUCUUUUUCUCACUACAUGGAUUACCUGUAUAACAGGUGGCACGAAAGAUUUCGAAUGUGUACUCUGUUGUAAAAAAUAUAUAUUCUGAGUUAUUUCGUAUUUUUGAACAUUUGCUAGUUAAUAUACAUUUAUUUAACAGCUUCUUUCACAGCAGCCGUUGGUUGAGCGCGCUGUCAUGUAGAGGGAUCUUUUAAAAAUCACUAGCGAAUCAGGGUGUUAGUAAUGGAACAAACUAUUCGUCUAAGAUUGCAACAUUUUCUUUUUUACCUUACAGUCCGGAAACAACUCGGGAUGUAGGUUGAUACGAACCACUCUAACGCAAAACGCAGGAGUUCUCAAGCUACGGUAGAUCAAGAGAUCCAGCCAUCAAUAAUUUGGGGCGAUAUAACCCGAGGCACCAUAUAGGAAACGCAUUUAGGCAGGCGGGCUUUUGGCACGACAAAUGUACCUGUUCGCCCGUGCGCAUAGCACAAAAAACACAAAAGGAGGCUUUCAGAGCCUCACAUACACGAAGCAAUUCUUCACUGACGUGACGUGUAUUGAAGGUGGCUUUGCGGCGACUACUUUGGGAGGUCAUUUCUGGAGCGCACAUACCACAUACGGUACACUAUACUACCGGCAACAUCUGUGGCGUGUUAUGGGCUUGUACUACGCCGCAUGCUCGCCGUACCAUUUAGGUGAUUGCGUCGCCGGAGGUCCCGCGCGCACGCGAUGUUGGGUUGGUGUGCGGGACUGGGUGAAUGUGUGUGCGCUUGUAUGCAUGCUGGCAACUCGUGGGCCGGGUGCACAGGGGGGUUCUGUUAUGCGUACGGUAAGUGCUUAAGGCAGCAGUCCCCUUUCCGCAUGCGACGCCGUGUCGAUUUAUAAUUUUUUUUGUGUGUGUGUCCUGUACUGAUCUCAACUGGGAGUUUUAUUGUUGUACAGCGUCGCAGCGGUGUGUACGAAAAAAAGUAAGCGAGUGGUUUGCGAGAAAGUGAAUGGAGACAGCGCGCAUCAAUUCAUUCCGUCUACAAAGAAGUCUUUUUUUUUUUGCGCGUGUGUAUUGUUAUUUUACGCAGUUGUGUUUUUGUCGCGAUGAAAAGCGUUGGUAUAGGCGCGUGUUUUGUUGAGAAAUUUUAUGGUACUGUUAGAGCUUGCUUGGGAAUGGCUUUACCGCAUAUGUUUCUUUUUUCUUCUUUUUUAUCAUUGUCAAGGAAGUUGUUAAUUGAUUUUAGGAUUGCCGAGCUUAGAACUGUAUCGCUUAUUUGGGUUUACAGAAGUAACGCUUUAGUCGAACAUUGUUUGUUUAUCGAUUACGCAAACUUUCUUUUGCUUCUUUGAAUUUUAACCUUUCUUGGCUGUUAAAUAAACUUGGCGGUCGUGUCGUCCGGCUUUUGCGUCAGGUGGCAGCGAUCAGUGAUAUAUCUUCGGCUGGGGUUUUUAUCUAUUAAUGCAAUUUUUUGUUGGUUGCCUGGCUGUACUGACGUUUACUAAAGAACGCAUGUCUGCAAUUGAAUAUUCGAAUGACAUAUCAUCACCAUUCUUUUGUACGGCUGCAAUUAUCGGAACAAUGUGUUUUUUUUUAUUUGCCAUGCGUUUGUGGUCUGGGUUUUUUUUUUUUUGAUGCUCCGAUAAAAAUAAAAUUUUGAAAUGGUC